AAAUACUCUUUUAAAGAGAUAGAGAGAGAAGUGAUCAAAAAUAAAACUAAGGGCAGAAAGAAAUGCCAUAUUCUCAAGAGAAAGGAUAGGUUUUCUCCUUCGAUUGCUUUACCAAUUCGUCUUCAACCUCUGUAAAUGCUUCAAUUUCGUAUAAUUCUUUUGAUUUACGCCUCAUUGAUGCAUCGAUUCAUCAAUUCGUUCGCUUAACCUGAAGAUCUCGAUGCUAUUCAAUCUCCAUUUCAUCACAAGGAAAAUUGAUUGUUUAUUAUCAACAUUGACCUGUAUUUCUGAUCUAUGUGCUGAAUUGGUCACUAGGUCUGAUGGGUUUUCUGAAAGCUUAUGGAUGAAAUAACAUUUAGUAAGGAAUUGGAAGCCCUAAGAAUGUCCAAAAGUCUUGUUAGAAGCUUUAGCCAGAAACUGAAAAAGAAGAAUCAAAGAGAUCAAGAGGAAGUGGAGCAAGUUGAUGAUACAAGAGGAGGGGUUUCUUUGAGAUGUCUUACAUUAUAUGGUAGGGGAGGUGGAUGUAAAGUUGGUGCUGAAACAAAUGAAUCAUAUGGGGGUACUGAAUUACAAACUGGUAGAAGAAGAUCUUCAUGUGCUAGUGAAGAAGCCAAAUUGUAUAAUAAUAGUAAUAGUAAUGAUGAUGUUGCUGCUAUAGAUUGCUUCUCAUAUGGUAUGAAAGAAAAAUUUUGGAAGAGAAACAGCAGGAAAAUGAUAUGGACAAACGAACAAUCCCCACCCCAAAAGAGCGAAAUACAUGUCUUUCUCCCCGACGACAUUCUCGAGAUGUGUUUGGUUCGAUUACCACUCACCAGCCUCAUGAACGCACGUCUCGUCUGCAAAAAAUGGCGAAAUCUAACCACUUCUCAACGAUUCACCCAAAUGAGAAUCAAUGGUUAUCAAAGCCCGUGGGUAUUUGUAUUUGGUGUGGUUAAAGAUGGUUAUUGUUCACGGGAGAUUCACGCGCUCGAUGUAUCUCAUAACCAAUGGCACAAACUAGACGCCUCGAUUCUCAAAGGUCGGUUCCUGUUUUCAGUUACUAGCGUUAGAGACGAGGUUUACAUAGUUGGAGGCUGUUCUAGCUUAACGAAUUUCGGAAAAAUGGAUAGAAGCUCGUUCAAGACGCAUAAAGGAGUUCUAUUGUUCACCCCGGAGAAUAAAUCGUGGCAGAAAAUGCCAUCGAUGAAGUAUGCAAGAUCAUCGCCGAUAUUAGGAGCCUGCGAGAUUAACUCCGAUUGUUUGAUUAAUAAAAGCCAGCAGAAUCGUCAAGAACGACGUUUCAACAGGUCGAGAUUCGGUGUGGGAUCCGAUGUUUACGAGGAUCCACAUAGACUAUCGGUUAGACGUCAGAACGAAGUGAUGGAGUUAACUUCGAAUUCAUUUGUUAGGCAGAGGAGUGAUCGAGUUAACGUGAAGGGUAAUCGACGGUUCGUAUUGAUAGCGAUCGGAGGGCUAGGUUCGUGGGACGAACCGUUGGAUUCAGGGGAGAUUUAUGAUUCUUCGAUAAACAAAUGGGUUGAGAUUCAAAGACUGCCGAUGGAUUUUGGUGUGGCUUGUUCAGCAGUUAUUUGCAAUAGGAUUUUUUAUGUUUAUUCAGAACAUGAUAAGCUAGCAGGGUACGAUGUAGAACGGGGGUAUUGGAUAUCGAUAAAAACGGAUUCUUAUCCUCCACAUGUUCACGAUUACUUUCCGAAACUGAUUUCUUCCUGUGGGAGGCUAUUUAUGUUAUCGGUUUCUUGGUGUGAAGGAGAUGGUCAGAUUGGUAGGAGGAACAAAGCUGUUAGGAAGUUGUGGGAGUUGGAUUUGGUUUAUCUUACGUGGUUAGAAGUGUCGACACAUCCCGAUGCUCCAAUGGAUUGGAAUGCUGCUUUCGUUGCGGAUAAGAAUUUGAUAUUUGGGGUUGAGAUGUUUAAGAUAUUCGGGCAGGUUUUGGAUUUCUUGACGGUUUGCGAUGUGGAGAAGGGUGGGAUGAAAUGGAGUCAUGUUACGAGGAAUAAAAUGGCGAAUGAUCUUGAUGCUUCUUCCUGCAUGACGAAAUCGAUAGCUGUGGUUCAUCUAUAACUUGUUCUUACUCUUUUUUAUAUUUUUUUUGUUUGUGGUUUACUUGAUUAUUAUUACUGCAUUUGUUCUAGAGAAAUGAAUCGUAUUUUUAAUCAUUUAUGAAAUUCAAUAACCCUGAU